GACAAAUACGCCCAAUGUCUUCGGCCACUGCUUAAUCUUCCGGUAAGAAGCAGAGCACGUCGUGUCGUCUCUCCCUGUGCGUGCUUCUCUUCUGUCGCUGCUUCAACCGCCUUCCUCUGCUACAGCAAAGCCACUUCGUCUUCUUCACCUGUCUACUAUGGCCGAAGAUGCCUGAAAAAAAUGAAACUUUGAUGUCGUUCCCGGCGAAAUCCAUCUACUGAUCCAUGGGCUCCAACUCCAAGCUCUCCCCAAAAGUAGUCGAAGCCGCCUUAAAAUCUUUCAAAAAUUGGAGGGCGGCGUUGUCUUACUUCCACUGGGCCUCUAAUCAGGAGGGUUACUGGCACAGUUGCUAUACGUAUAAUGCCAUGGCUGAUCUUCUAUCAGAUGCUCGACAAAAUGCCCCACUGAGAAAGCUUGCCGAGAGUGUGCCCAAUUCCCGGUGCUCGUGGACGCCGGGGGCGUUGGGAUAUUUUCUAAGGUGUUUGGGGAGGUUGAAUCUCGUUAAUGAAGCAAAUUCUUUGUUUGAUGAGAUGAAAUCGUCUGGUCAUUGUGUUUUGAAUAACUACAGCUAUAAUUGUCUGCUGGAGGUUAUUGCCAAGAGUGGUGCUGUUGAUCUGUUGGAGCGUAGGUUGGAUGAAAUGAAGAGUUUUGGAUGUCCUGUUAGUAAGUAUGUUUUGACGCCAGUUCUACACUGCUACUGCAAUGCUGGAGAGCUUGAUAAGGCUAUGGUAGUUUUUAACCAGAUGCGUGCCGAGGGGUGGGUCGAUCAGCAUGUUUUGGGUAUUUUAGUGUUGCAUUAUUGCAAAGCAGGGGCAGUGGAUACUGCUUUUGAGUUGGUUGAGUGGGGUGAGAAGAGUCUCAAGAUUAACUUGAAUGAGAAGACAUUUUGUGUUCUGAUUCGUGGGUUUGUGCGCCAUGGAAGAGUGGAUAAAGCUCUUGAACUAUAUGAUAAAAUGAGGAAAAUUGGGUAUAUGCCUGAUCUUUCUGUUUUUGGAGUUUUAAUUAGUGGUUUAUGUGGGAACAAUGAGGUGGGAAAAGCUAUAAUGUUGUGUGCUGACAUGAAAGAGUUGCGGAUUUCUCCUAAUUCGUUUAUUAUUUCUUCUGUUUUGCCAUGUAUCCGUGAAGAGAGAGAAAUGGUUCAGUUUCUAGAAGUUUGCUUUAUGAAUUUGGGUGCGGGGAAACGUAUGCUACUUGAAGAUCUUGUUAAUGACGGCUUUGCUGAUAAAGCUUAUCAUAUGCUGAAGGCAGCAAUGGGAUCUGGAAUUAGUGAAAAUAGUAAACUAGGCGAUAUAGGUUCGAUGAAAGAUAAGCUGGAUAUAGCCUGUUUUCAAACUGUCAUUGAUGGUUUGUGCAAUGCUGGCGAAUUAGAUAUGGCUCUAGACCUGUUCAGUGAUAUGGAUCGGAGUGGUUGUAAACGCAGUGUGUUACUUUUCAAUAAUUUGAUUCUUUCCUUGAGCAAUGCUGACAGAUUGAAUGAUUGCUUUCAAUUACUGAAUCGGAUGAAGGAAACCGGAUUUGAGCCAACACAUUUUACCUUCAAUUGCAUAUUUGGGUGUUUAUGUAAACGAGAGGAUGCUGCUGGAGCUCUUGAUUUGUUAAGGGAGAUGCGUGCUCGUGGGCAUGAGCCAUGGAUAAAACACUAUACAUUGCUUGUCAAGAAACUAUGUGAAAGUGGAAAAGUUAGUGAUGCUUGUAAAUUUCUUGCUGAUAUGAUCGAAGUAGGAUUUCUCCCUGAUAUGAUUGCAUACUCUGCAGCUAUUGAUGGUUUUAUCAAUAACAAUGAAUUGGAUCAAAGUUUGAUUCUAUUCAACGAAAUUUGUGAAAAGGGCUAUUGCCCUGAUGUCGUUGCCUAUAACACUGUUAUUAAGGGGUUAUGCAGGGCCCAUAGGAUAACAAAAGUGAUCGACAUUCUUAAAGAGAUGCUUGGCAAGGAACUUGCCCCUUCAGUAGUUACAUACAACUUGCUGAUUAAUUUGUUGUGCAAAUCGGGUGAUACCAAUAAUGCCAUCCAUUGUUUUUCAAGGAUGAAGGAGAACGAUCAUGAGCCUAAUGUCAUUACAUACACAACUUUGGUAGAUGGGUUAUGCAAUGAUGGAAAACCGGAUGAUGCUCUUAAAAUUUGGUCUGAAAUGGAGGAUAAAAGAUGUCAGCCAAAUAGUAUUGCUUAUAUGGCUCUUAUUCAUGGGCUUUGCAAGUGCCAGAAGCCAGAUGUUGCUUUGUUUUAUUUGCAAAAGAUGGAAGAGAAGGAGAUGGUACCUGAUAAAUAUGUUUACGAAGCAUUAAUAGAUUCUUUUAAUUCUAACUCAAACAAAACCAUGGCUGAUGAAUUAUCAGAAAAGAUGGCCAGGCUGAGUACUGCAUCCUGAUUAGGUAUUUUCUUGUACACGUGAGCUAAAAGUGCACAGUGAAUUAAUGCAAUGAAAUGAAGGUGUGAAUAAUUUCAGCAUUGAUGAUUGAACAGCUUAAGUGAAUGCAGUGAAGCAAUUUGACAAAUCUCUUUGUGACACUCAGCGAAGAGGAAUCCAAGCAUUAACAGUUAUAUGAUUAUGAGCCAGCUUUCACUUAUCAUCAAUAAGGAUCUAGACUAGAAAUACAGUCGAGUCCUGCAGAGAUUCAGGACCCAAUGUGCCUUUAUGUUUCCUAAUAUAUUUUUCUUGGAAGAGGAGAACAUUGUGCUUUGUUGUGGGAACGGCAUAAUACUGGAUCGAUAAGUGUGGCGCUCGGAAUGCCUGGCUAAUUGAGAGAUAAGCUCUAAUCAAGAAAGAAAAGAGCGCAUGUAAGUAGGAGCAAAAGGAGGCAACAUAGAGGAACAAGAAAAAAAAGAGGAAGAGAAGGGCGACAAAGAGGAAGAGAAGGGCGACGCCAGGAACCUGACUUCUUUGAUGAUUCUUGAUAUUCGAUGAACUAUAUAAUUCAUAAAUGGAACGAAAGGGUUAGAAAUUGUUAUUACCAAUGAAAUUCAGGAAGUUGUUGGGAACCUGAGCCUAUCUUCCUCCAAUCUCGAUCAUGUUUAUGGAAUUGCAGUUCCUGUUAAUGCAUAAGAUGCUGAAACAACACCAAGGUUAAGAGUAAAUUGUGCUUCAAGAGAACAAAUGGGGGAGAUUUCUGUUAAUUCAGAUAUGGGAAAAAUAUCUUACCGUAGUUUGUUAUUUCUGGUCGAAGUGAAUUUAUCUUAUCCAUUGUUGUUAUGUUUAUAGAUAUGAUGGAUUUAGAAAGAUAUGUUAUUUUGAAAUAAACGACAUAUGUCUACUUCAUAAAUGUAAAAGUCAGAGUUAAGUUUCUGUUCA